AUGCUUAAGGAAAAUGAUAUCAUUUCAAAAGCAUUACUCACCAUUGAAAAAUUUAAAGGAAAUAUCACCAAUUUUAAAGCCUCGAUACUUGAUAAUGAAUAUACUUCCUUGAAUUAUCCAAAAUACUUUUCAAGAACUUUGAUUUGGAAAUGUUGUUUGAUAACUGAUAGUCUAUCCAUUCAUCAAUGGUUAACGAAAUUACAUGAUUCCAGGAUUAUUUAUCAUCAAUUAGUUAAAAGACCUGAUAUGACUAUUCCUUGGUGGGCUUUGGAUCCAGAAUCUUCAUUCUAUCAAGAUAAAGAAAGUAUUCAUCUAUCAAGAAAGGCAAGUUUAAAUAAAGACAGUAGAAAUCCUCGUUCAUCCUCCACCACAACUAGUAUCAAUAAGAUAUCCCUCACAAGAAUAACCAAUAUUGAUGAUCCAUUACGAAGUCCAACACUUUCACCCAUAACAUCAGCAUCGAUAAGGACAAGGUCUCCCACUCCAUCUACUCCUCAUGAAACUACAGAAGAAGAUAUUGAAUUGUUGGAAAUCAUCGUAUUGGAUAUCGAUCGAUUAUUCCCCGGUGAAUCCUUCUAUCAAUCCUCAACUUCAAUCAUUCAUAAAAAACAUUUGAUUGAAGUAUUGUAUGUAUGGUCGAAAUGUAAUCCUCAAGUUGGGUAUAAACAAGGGAUUCAUGAAAUUUUGGGAUUGUUUUAUAUGAAUUUAUAUCAUGAAUCCAUCGAUAUACCGAAAACCAAUACUAUUUCCAGUGAUGAUUUAAAAAUAUUAAAUCUUUAUGAUAAACAUUAUUUAAAUCAUGAUUUAUUUACUAUUUUUAAUAAAUAUAUCUUAGCCACCGGGAUCAUAUCGAAAUUUUAUGAAAGUGAAGAAACAUUAUGGAAAUCAAUCGAAUCAUUCAAUAUCAAUCUUAUGAAAGUUGAUCAAUUCAUUCAUUACAGUUUAUUAAAUAAAUUAAAAUUAGAAUCUCAAUUAUGGAUCAUUCGAUAUUUUCGAUUAAUCUUAUUACGAGAAUUAGGCAAUGAUUUAGAAACCACAUCUUUACUUUGGGAUAAAUUAAUCGCAACUCCCCAAAUUCAUGUUUAUGGAGGUAUACCUGAUUUAAUAUCAUUUAUGAUAAUUCAAUUACUUAUUCAAUUAAAAUCAAAUUUAAUCACUUGCGAUUUUAGUGAAAGUCUUUCUUUAUUAUUACAUUAUCCCAUUCAAUCUCAAUUAAUGAAUGAAUCCACUCGUCAUGAUUUUAUCGGGAAUUUAAUCAAAGAUGCUUUGAAAUUAUAUGAAAAGAGAGGUAAUGAUUUGAAAUUAUAUGAAUAUGGUUUAAAAUUAAAUACCACUUAUAAUCCAAAUUUAAGAAUCACCAUGAGUUAUACCGGUAGCGCUCGAAAUAGUGGAGAAAUCUCAUCGCCUUCAUCCAGUAGAAAUCCUUCACGAAGUCCUACACCCCAAUUACCUCCAUCCACCACUAAUAGUACUGAUUCUAGUAAUGGCACUAAUUCUGAUCCAAAACUUGAACAUUUGAAAUUCGACAAGCUUAGAUUGGAAAUGAGAUUGAAGAAGAAAGCUCAACUGAUGUUAAGACCAUAG